AUGGCUGCCAAUGACUAUUACUCGUCCUAUCCAGGAGGCAACAAUGCAGGCUCGCGCCCCGAACCCCCACAUCACACUACUUCCGCGCAGUCGCUGCAAUCCGUAUCGCCAGUAUCAUCACCUUUUGACGAUGCGAACCGCUACGACAACCGCCCACACCACGACUACUCUUCGACCGCUCAUCUCACACACACUCAGACUGGCGCCUCCUCAAACUACAGCGACACAGCAUACCACGGCAACGACCAGUCGCAUCCGUAUAACAACCGAUACGAUUCACCGCCCGCAGCUGCACAGCACGAUCCCUUCGCCGACCAGAACGCCAUCCCGCUGCAACAGCAAGGGAAGAUGGGAACACAUCCUGCUGCAGCAGGCGUAUAUCAGAUGGAUCCUGAGGGAAGACCGAGAGAGAAGAGAAAGAAGAAGAAAGGAUGGUUCAGCGGGAAGAUUACGUGGGUGGUGUAUAUCCUGACCGCCGUACAGAUUGGUGUGUUCGUAGGGGAGAUCAUUAAAAAUGGUGUUCUGACCGGCUCACCCAUUCAAACGAAACCCAACUUCAACAUCAUGAUUGGCCCCUCACCCUACGUUCUGAUCAACAUGGGCGCGCGUUACCAGCCCUGCAUGCACUACGUCGAAGCCGUGCUCGACAACAACAUCCAGCUUUGGCCCUGCCCCAACACCACAACGUCCGACUCCACCUGCACCCUCUCCGAACUCUGCGGCAUGGGCGGCGUCCCCGCUCAACCCGAUAGCCUUGCCUGGAAAGACCGCGACACUAAAAAGGACCAGGAGCCAGACCAAUGGUGGCGCUUCAUCACACCAAUCUUCCUGCACGCAGGACUGAUCCACAUCGGUUUCAACAUGCUGCUUCAAUUGACGCUGGGGAGGGACAUGGAGAAGGAGAUCGGACCCCUACGCUUCGCCCUCGUGUACUUCGCUUCCGGAAUCUUCGGUUUCGUGCUCGGAGGAAACUACGCCGCUGAAGGCAUCUCCUCGGUCGGAGCGUCGGGCUCCCUCUUCGGCAUCCUCGCCCUCGUCAUGCUUGACCUGCUCUACAAUUGGAGCACGCGCCGCUCCCCCGUUAAGGACUUGCUCUUUCUCCUUCUCGACAUCGCUAUCUCUUUCGUGCUGGGUCUACUCCCCGGUCUGGACAACUUCUCGCAUAUCGGUGGGUUCCUGAUGGGUUUCGUCCUGGGAAUUUGCAUCUUGCAUUCGCCGCAAGCACUCCGCGAACGUAUCGGCGUCGAUGAACCGCCCUAUGCCCCUGCGAGUCAAGACCCCACCGCCGACGCCGCGCCCGGACUGCAAAAGUUCGUCAAGCAGCCCGUAGGCUUCUUCAAAGGACGCAAACCCUUCUGGUGGGCCUGGUGGCUGGUCCGCGCGGCGCUGCUCGUGGUCGUGUUUGUGGGCUUCAUUCUGCUGCUGAGAAACUUUUAUGAGUGGCGGAAUGGCUGCUCGUGGUGUCAUCAUUUGACGUGUUUGCCUAUCAAGACGGGUAACACUACGUGGUGCGAUAUUGGAAACAUUAAGCCUACUACGUCUGUGGUUGACGCUCAGCCGACGGCGACGUCUGCGCCUGUUAGGCUGAUGUUUUAG